UUGCCAUCAUGCUCGCUAGUCAUGUCACCAUCCAGAAAGGAAAGACACUGCCAAAAUAUGACCAGUGUCGUACAUGCUGCGACCAAUUUCAUUGUCCAUUCUGUACGGCAGAAUAUUUCAAGCCUACAAAAGCCAGUAGUGUGAACCGCCACCUCGCAUUACAUUUCAACCGGGCAGUCCAACAUGAGGGAUACACUAUCCACCGGUGUGGUUUGGGCUGCAGGCCACAGCUUCAUUACCAUUGCAUAUACUGCCAAUCAAUGCUGCUGCGCAAGGAAGACUUUGAUAAACAUUUAGUUUGGUGCAAGACUAAACAAUCAAUCAAAACACCACUGUCUGGUGCGUAUCCAGACAGUACAGCGACGACUAGUACUACUAACCCAGCAGAACCAGAUUCUGCCAUUGCAGAACCGUGUCCAGUAAGCACAGAACAAUGUCCAACAAGUGCAGAACCAUGCCCAACAAGUGCAGAGCCAUGUCCAGCAAGCACAGAACUGUGUCCACUGUCAGAGCCUCGUUCUCCCAGUGCAGAGUCAUCUGAACGAGGAGUUCUUGCCCGGCCAAAAGGAGGGCGUGUGAGACCUGUUGUCCGGACAAGGUGCCCAAUGUGCAGUGUUCUCAUGAACAAGCGUAACAUUGGAAAGCACAUCAUCCGUAAACAUGCGAACCUGGAGCUUUUUGAUGUAAACGCCACGUACCAGUGUAUUGAUGAGAAUAACGGCGUCUUUGCUGUUCAAAAGACUUUCCAUGAUGAUCACUGCGUCAAGAAGAACAUAAGGGGUGAAUGUAGUUGCCAUGAAUCGUCUCAGUCACAGGACAGCCAGUUAAACACGGAUAUAGCGUUGAGGACCUCCAUGAGAUCAUAUAGAUGUGUGCAACUCAGGAUGUCCUCAUCACACCCUGUGGCGGCUCUGUGCCAGAUGACCGCGACUCCUGACAAAGAGGCAAACUUUGCGACCGGUGCGCGGCUGGUGGAAGAAGCACAGGCGGCCGGCGCCAGCAUGGUAUUCCUUCCGGAGGGUUUCGAUUACAUCGGUUCCAACCUCAAGCAGACCCUGCAGCUGUCCGAGACCCUUUCAGGCGAGACCAUCACUCGAUACUCGGAGUUGGCCAGGAAGUUGGGGGUUUGGCUCUCCCUGGGCGGCUUCCAUGAGCGAGGGGAGAACUGGGAGACGAGCAAGCGCAUCUAUAACAGCCACGUCAUCCUCAAUGAUCAAGGUGACAUUGUCAGUGUGUACCGGAAGGGUCACCUCUUUGAUGUGGAGUUGGCAGAAAAGGGCGUGUCCUUGAAGGAGAGCUCCUUCACCAACCCGGGCACCACCCUUGUUCCUCCUGUGCAGACUCCUAUUGGCAAGGUGGGCCUUGCUGUCUGCUAUGACCUGCGUUUCCCUGAGCAUUCAUUGGCCCUUCUGAGGCAUGGGGCAGAGAUUCUGACCUAUCCCUCUGCCUUCACCGUGGCAACAGGCACCGCCCACUGGGAGGUGCUGUUGCGUGCGCGGGCGGUAGAGACCCAGUGUUACGUGCUGGCCGCGGCGCAGGCUGGCCCCCACCACCCGAAACGCUCCUCCUACGGGCACGCGCUGGCCGUGGACCCCUGGGGGACGGUGCUGUCGGACCUGGGGCCCACGGACUCGGGCCUGGCGCUGGUGGAGGUGGACCUGCAGAAGCUGAGGGACACGCGGAGGGAGAUGCCAGUCCAGCAGCACCGCAGGGAGGCCGAGUACUACGGAAGCCUGGACACCGAUUGAGAGAGCGCGGCUAGACUCAGUGCCCCCUGUAACACCUGAUUCAGUUCACUUGUUGGUUGGACAAGCAGUAUAUGAAUGAGUGAAUCAGCACAAUAGUGUGUGUGUGCGUGCGUUUGUGUGUGUGUGACUGGACUGAACUGGACUGGACCAAGAGUGCUCUGCUUUCUCUCAUACUGCUAGAGUAAUUGGUCAGCUUUCCACAUAGACAUUGAUUUUUUAAAAUAUAUUAUUCCCAAAUAAGUCAACUCCCGCAAUCUGUUUUAAGGUUGAACUGCCGAUAUACAGUACACAUGUCAGAAAAGAAAGACCACAAUGACAGUGUAUUUUCACAAAAUGCUAGGGAGACAAUGCUUGUAAAUAAAUCAAUACGCUAUCCAUGCAUGGUGUCUUGUCAG